AUCCCGGGAACCCUAAAGGCCAACCCUAGUAUAUAAAGCCUUCCUGCCCUCCCCUCACUCCCGCAGCCGCCGCCGCCCUCGAACUCGAAGCCCGUCGCCUGCGCGUCAUCCCCACCGCGUCGCCGACCCUUGCCGCCGGUCUCCUACCUCCGCCACCAUGGGGAAGACACGUGGUAUGGGAGCUGGGCGCAAGCUCAAGACCCACCGCAGGAACCAGAGGUGGGCUGACAAGGCAUACAAGAAGAGCCACUUGGGUAAUGAAUGGAAGAAACCCUUUGCUGGAUCAUCUCAUGCCAAGGGCAUCGUUCUGGAGAAGAUCGGUAUUGAGGCCAAGCAGCCGAACUCUGCCAUCCGUAAGUGUGCUCGUGUUCAGCUGGUGAAGAACGGGAAGAAGAUUGCUGCCUUUGUGCCGAAUGAUGGUUGCCUUAACUACAUUGAGGAGAAUGAUGAGGUGCUGAUUGCUGGAUUUGGUCGUAAGGGACAUGCCGUGGGAGAUAUUCCUGGUGUCAGGUUCAAGGUUGUGAAGGUUUCUGGUGUGUCCCUGCUCGCCCUCUUCAAGGAGAAGAAGGAGAAGCCAAGGUCAUAGAUUGCUUUUGGAUAGGCAAGAGUGGGGUAGACUGUCAAUGCUCUAUUAUCAAACUUAGUUGUGCUAGCAAGACCCCGCACAGUGCCGGAAGCCUACGACACUGGGUACGCUCUUUAGUUGUGCUAGCAAGAGAGAUGUAUCUUCUGUUAACAUUGCCAUUGAGAGUUUUGUUUCCACUUUGAAGAUAUUAAUGUUGCAUUGUUGCUUCAAGCUGGGGUUUCGACCCAGUCUGUCGUGACUUGCCUUCAGUUUGAGAAAUCUCUUGUUUUUUUAGCCUGCCUGGCUUGAA